AUGGUAACCAAUGCCAUUAUAAAGUUUUUUCAUGGUUAUGAUUUUCCUACACGUGGGAAUCGUUAUAUUUGUCCAUGUGGUUAUGACUUUUCAACACUUGAAGAACGUAAACAUUAUGUUAACAUUUUACAUCAAGCUGUUAUGGAUUUAUCGGAUGAAGAAGAUGAUAAAGAACAUGAUGAUCCUCAACCAACAACAAUUUCGACAAAUCCAUUUAAUAUCAAUCGACAAUUUCGUACAACAACUGAUGAUGAAAAUUAUUCACUUUUAUCAACAUCACGUAUGGAAAAAAUAUUCCAUUAA